UAGACCUGGCCUACAACAGAUCCCAGUUUCCGGAGAUCACAGAUGCUGACGACAACACCUGUAUCACCGACCCAGACCUGAAACUUGUCAUUGUGUAUUUUAAAGCCAUAUUUACCUGGCUGAGGGUCUUCCUCCGAAAACCCAGGUCCAGACAAGAGCUGCUGUUUGUGUUGAAGCAGAACGGAUCGAUAAUCUCCUGCCAAAAAGCUCGCUAUUUGACUGGCCAGGUCAGCCAGCUGGAUGUGUACUGUCCCAGUGUCGAGGUUGUUGACGAGCUGAUUAUCGCAGGAGAAGGAGUCCCCUACCUGUGCUCUGUUUACAUCAGUGGCG